CAGAGUGCCUGAGUGUGUGACGAUUCUCGCCUCGUUUUAUUGGAAAUCUCUCCAAAAAUUGUCUUUACUGUUAGUGACAUUGUUAUGAAUCUCUGAGAUAUUUGAACGAACCUAUUCCAGUACACAAAAAUGACGACCAACUUAGAUAGAAAGGGAACCUUCAAGGUUGAAUAUUUACAAAAAAUUGAAAAAGAUGUUCAAGAACGCUGGCAAAGAGAAAAGAUAUACGAAGAAGAGGCUCCCUCUGAACCAAGAAAAUCGCCUGAUGAAAAGUUCUUUACGACUUUUCCAUUUCCCUACAUGAAUGGUAGACUUCAUUUAGGACACACAUUCUCUUUAUCAAAAUGUGAGUUUGCAGUUCGCUAUAAUCGGCUCAAGGGCAAGAGAGUUCUGUUCCCCUUUGGUUUCCAUUGCACUGGAAUGCCUAUAAAAGCCUGUGCUGACAAACUGAAGCGGGAAAUGGAGACAUUUGGGUUUCCACCUAACUUUCCUUCUGAUGAGCCUCAAACCCCUACAGAAACUACCAAUGAUCUGGUAAUCAAGGACAAGAGCAAAGGAAAGAAGAGCAAGGCAGUAGCGAAGGCAGGCACAGCCAAGUAUCAGUGGCAGAUCAUGCAGAGCCUUGGACUGAAGGAUGAUGAGAUUAAACAGUUUGCCAAUGCCUCUCACUGGCUGGAUCACUUCCCUCCCCUGGCUGUCAACGAUCUACUCAGCAUUGGCCUACAUGUGGAUUGGAGACGUACGUUCAUCACUACAGAUGCCAACCCUUUCUUUGACAGCUUCGUCCGAUGGCAGUUUCUGAGACUGAGGGAAAAAGCCAAGAUAAAGUAUGGCAAGCGGUAUACAGUGUUCUCACCCAGAGAUAAUCAACCUUGCAUGGACCACGACCGAGCCACUGGAGAAGGGGUUGGACCUCAGGAGUACACUCUCAUCAAAAUGAGAAUGCUCAAACCCUACCCAGAAAAACUGAGCGCCGUGGACAAUCAGCCAGUGUUUCUUGUGGCUGCCACACUAAGGCCGGAGACCAUGUACGGACAGACCAACUGCUGGGUACACCCGGACAUCCGCUAUGCAGUGUUCCAGACCACAGACAAGGAGGUGUUUGUGUGUACUGAGCGUUCAGCACGCAACAUGGCCUAUCAGGGGUUCACACCCGAUGACGGAGUGCUGGAGGUUAUGUUCUACGUCACUGGACAGGACAUCAUGGGCUGUGGUCUGAAGGCUCCGUACACCCCCCACCCCAUCAUCUACACUCUCCCCAUGUUGAGCAUCAAGGAGGACAAAGGCACGGGAGUAGUGACCAGUGUGCCUUCAGACAGUCCAGACGAUUACGCAGCCCUGAUGGACCUCAAGAAGAAGGCACCUCUCCGUCAAAAGUUUGGCAUCACUGAUGAAAUGGUCCUCCCUUACGAUCCUAUCCCAAUAAUCGACGUCCCAGAUUUUGGAACUCUGAGUGCUGUUACUGUCUACGACAAACUGAAGAUUCAAAGUCAAAACGACAAAGAAAAGCUGCAAGAAGCCAAGGAACUUGUCUACCUCAAGAGUUUCUAUGAUGGGGUGUUGACUGUUGGAAAAUACAGUGGAAAGAAAGUACAAGAUGUAAAGAAAGAUAUACAAAAAGAGCUGGUAGAUGCUAGUGAAGCAUUGAUCUACUAUGAACCAGAGAAACAGAUUAUGUCAAGGUCGGGGGACGAGUGUGUAGUAGCCCUAUGUAACCAGUGGUACCUGGACUACGGUGAACCCUCGUGGAAGGCCAAGGCGGAGAAGUGUCUGGAGAACAUGAACACUUACCAUGAAGAAGUGCGUAAGAACUUCCGAGCCUGUCUCAACUGGCUGCAUGAGUACGCCUGCUCUAGGACCUAUGGGCUUGGCACCAAGCUGCCCUGGGACGAGCAGUGGCUGAUAGAGUCCUUAUCAGACUCCACCAUCUACAAUGCCUACUACACUGUGGCUCAUCUCCUACAGGGAGGGACCUUCAAGGGAGAGAAAGGAAACCAGCUCAAAAUCAAGGCGGAGCAGUUGACUCCUGCAGUGUGGGACUAUGUGUUCCUUCCAGAGGCUCCCUUCCCAUCAGACACCACUAUCAAGCGGCCGAGUCUGGAGUUGAUGAAGCGGGAGUUCCAAUACUGGUACCCGGUGGACCUUCGUUGCUCCGGCAAGGAUCUCAUACAGAACCACCUGACAUUCUUCAUCUACAUCCACUGCGCCAUCUGGGAGAACCACGAGGAGUUCUGGCCCAGAGGAAUCAGAGCCAACGGACAUCUUCUGCUCAACUCAGCAAAGAUGUCCAAAUCGGAAGGUAACUUCCUAACACUGACAGAUGCCGUUAACAAGUUCAGUGCAGACGGGAUGCGACUGUGUCUGGCAGACUCCGGAGACUCUGUUGAAGACGCAAACUUUGUCGAGAGCACUGCAGAUGCAGGUAUCCUUAGACUGUACAACUUCAUUGAGUGGGUUAAAGAAGUGAUGCACACAGAAAACACAUACCGCACUGGACAGGCUACUUCAUUCAACGAUCUUGUAUUCCUCAGUGAGAUGAACCAGAAAAUCAAGGAAACGGAUGAGAACUACAACAAGAUGUUGUUCAAGGAGGCACUGAGGACUGGCUUCUUUGAAAUGCAGCUUGUGAGAGACAAGUACCGAGAGCUCUGUCAGGUCAGCGGUGGUAUGCAUCGUCAACUUAUCAUCAGGUUUAUUGAGUUACAAGCCUUGUUGUUGUCACCGAUCUGUCCACAUGUGGCUGAGCACGUCUACUCUCUCAUUGGAAAGACCAACAGUAUAGUGCGGGCAGAUUGGCCGGUCGCAGGUCCGGUAGAUGAAACGCUGGUUCGCUCCAGUGCCUAUCUCAUGGAAGCGGCUCACUCAUUCCGUCUGCAGUACAAGAACCAUCUGACUUCAGGCAAGAAGGGCAAGAAGCCUCCUCCGCCUGACCAGAUCGGAGACAAGCCCACCCACGCCACUGUCUGGGUGGCCAAGACUUAUCCGCCCUGGCAGUCCACCGUGCUUACCACCAUGAAGGAGAUGCACACGACCAACAACGGAAGUUUCCCUGACAACAAGGUGAUCUCAGUGGCACUGUCGGCCAAGCCUGAGCUGAAGAAGUACAUGAAGCGAGUGAUGCCGUUUGUACAAGCGACGAGAGAGAAGGUCACCAACAGCGGCAUCAAGGCUCUCAACCUGACACUCGACUUUGACGAGAUACACGUCCUCACCAUCAACAAGAACUACUUGGAGUACACACUUGAUUUGGAGGAGAUAGAGAUCGCAUCUUCAACCAGUGAAGGAGCGCCAGACAAUGUGAAGGAGGAUUGUUGUCCUGGAGCGCCGUUCAUCACAUUCCGAGCGCCGCCACCGAGCGUGCCGCUCGCGCUUGUCAACCCUCAGCCUCUGAGUGGUCACCUGACACACUGGCUGGCCGUCAGACACGGCGACACUGCGGCCAAGCUAGCCACGGCACUGGCCCGCCAGGACAAGAAUAUCAAGGACGCCAGCACAGUGGAGCUAUGGAGGUGGGCAGAUCCUGACCUGGGGCCUCGUAAGAUCCCCAACUGUGCCAGUCCUCUGGAGGGGAGAGUUCAGUUGCCGAGGGACACCGUCCUGCUUGUUGACUUUGAUACCAAGUCUGUUCUGGCCCAAGAGAACGGCAAGUCAGUUAGGCUGGGAGAGUCUGUCACGUACACUAUCACCACGAGUUGAUAACACCUGUGAAAUAAUCUGACGGUUGUGGACUUGUUUUGUAAUUUGUUUAUCAAAUUGUUCCUUCGGUUUUCCUCUUGCAGUUUCACGUUUUUUAUGUUUUUCAGAUCUAUUGAGGGUCAAGUGAAAAUGAAUUUCAAAACUGUUAAGUUAUGGAUGAUUGAUUUUCAUUCCAAUAAUUUAAAUUGCAGGUUGACAAAAUUGAUAUUUGGUUAUUUGACAUAGCCUUUGAUAUCUUAACCAACUAAUCUAAGAGUUGUGUUUAAAGAUUUUUGUUAGGAUAGAGAAGUCUCACCUGAGUGGAAAGUCCACUCUGGCACAAGAAACACAACUAACCUUGGCACAAGAAACACAACUAACAUUGGCACAAGAAACACAAAUAAAUUUAAACUAUACACAGAAAUUAGAUAAUAUCACUGUCGCUGGCAGCAUUUUUAACCGAGGAAGGUUUGAGUCGUCUUCCCUAGUCGUCAGAGAAAUGUUAGUAGUAGUAAAAUAUUCAAAUUUUUGUGUGUAGGCUAAUUGUUUUUUUUUUUUUUGUGUUUUUUGUGUCAGACUUGGCUCUUUCCAUUUUGGAUAAGCCUACUAUCCUAAGGAAAUUGUAAAACCCAGUCCAUUAUGUUGUAUGUUACAUUUUUAAUGUAAGAGCUGAUUUAGACUUAUUUGAGUCUAGUUCACAUUUUUCUAAACCUUUUAUUUCAUUCUGGCUGAAGUUGUGCCUAAUGUGAAACUGCAUUUAAAAAUAAUUGAUGCCAUUGAGCAGUGUCUAACAGGGUUUAUUUGUAUGUCUCUUAGUUCUGUGUUAUUUUUAGUUUUGUCAUAUCCUAGUUACUUUGGUUGAGGGAAAAUGCUUUCAGUUUGAGGUUUACGUUUAUCUUCUUUAAACAUAUUUCUUCAUCUGAAGACGGGUUUUCCCAUUUGUCAGUAUUCCCUAUGACUAAUGUAACUGUGAUAUUUAUUAUUUUAAUACGAAUGUGUCAAACACAGAGCUGAAACUUUAGGAUAAAGUAGGCAGACUUUUAUCUGAUUAUUUUCUACUUUGUCAUAUAGAAAGUUUCUGUAAGUGAGUAUAAGUCGCAUACAAUAGUAAUCUAUUAUCGAUGUUGCCUUUUAAUGAGAGAUCAGCUUAUACAAGAAUUUUAGAGUUUUAUAACAAUGUAAUUUAUCAAAACAUAAGUUGAAUCUAAGACUAAAAUUGUAUUCCAAAGAAGUAGUUUUUAGUAACUAUAUGAUUAUUUUCUAGCGUUCAAGAUCAGUUACUACUAAUGAUAUAGUAACAAGAUUGAUCAUAGGUGACAAAAAUUAUUCAAAUUAAUGCACAAAUUAAAUCCUGUUCUUUCUAUUACAGUAAAAAAUAUAUCUACUACAUCAUAAAACCAAGCCUAUAUUUGCAUUUUAUACUUAACAGUUGUACAAUAUUUAAAAUAACAUUACUUGCAUUAAACAAACAAUUUUCACCUUAUUAGAAUGUCUUGUCCUUUUUUAAUUUAUUUAUUUAGCCUAGGAAUUGUUUUUCUUUGCAAUUUUUGUUUGUUUCUUUUCUGGUCUGAGGGUAGUUGUCUCAGUACUAUUGACAGUUGUUCAUAGCUAUUUAUUGUUACAUAAUCAAAAUAAAUACUUCAGAAGUA